UCGUACCUCUAGGCUCUGUGUAUACCACCACACUGUCGUCAUGACAACGUAUGCCCAAACAAGAUGGCCGCCAACACGUACGAGCUGCGCUUGGCGCCCGAUAAAAAGUUUUCCUCUCAAGUAGCCCGAGAUUGUUUGAAAGACGUUUUGAUGACUGAAUUCGACGACAAAAUUUACGAUCCUAGUCAGGUUGCUAAGUGGACGAAAGAAAUCUCCCAAAGAAUAUGCGAAAGACUGCAAGAACUUGGUUUCGAAAGGUACAAGUACGUGGUGCAAGUUGUCAUCAGCGAACAGCGCGGUGAAGGAGCAAGAAUGGCUUGCCGCUGCCUUUGGGACUCCGACACCGAUGUCUGUGUUUCAGAGUUCUUUAAUGGAGACAGCCUGUUCUGUGCUGCCGUUGUCCUUGCCUCGUAUUACUACUAGUCCCAUGGCUAUUGUGAGCAGCAGACUAAGGGAGUCAUCCUCAAGCCGAGUUCUCUGCAAUCUUUAAAGUAAUUUUCUCACUGCAUAUCUUCAUUUCUUUUUCGUCUCUUACUGGGCUACCAGUGAAUUCUGUAAAUAAAUUGUUCUUGAAAUAAACUUACAUUUUAGUUUGUACAAAA